AUGCACUCAGUCUCCAUGUCUCUUCUGGGCUAUCCUGAGCUUUGCAGUGCUGCAUCCUACAGAACUUCCUGUUACAUCCCAGUGACUCCUCCUGUUGCACUUUGCUCCAAUGAUGUAAACACUACCUUUGAAAACUAUUUACCCAGUAGCUACCAAGGCAAUCUCUGGCUUCUAGACCACUGCCAAGAAUCCUACUGUGAAACACCAAGCUGCGAAUCUCCCAGCUGUGAGCCAAAGACCUGUACCACACGUUGUGACACCCGGAACUCCUGUGUACCUUGCAACACCGCAUCUGCAGACCAAGCUGGUGAAACGACUAACAUCGGACUCAGCCCCAGCUGCAGUCCAAGCACUCUGACCAAGGGGUACGUAACCAAUUGCUACACUCCCCCUCGACGUGCAUCCAAAGCUUGCCAGACCCUUUGCAAUGGUUCCAAUUGCUUUGGUCAGCUUAACUCCUUAUCCAAGAAUCUCCGGCCCCACACUCAAUGCAGACUUGGUGGUUUUGGGUAUAGAAGCUACCAAAAUCUUGGCUACAUCAACAAUGGCUUCUCACCAUCAUGCUAUAUUGCCAGCAGCUUCCAACCUCAAAGUUAUUUAAUGAGAAACUGCUGGUAUCCAAAUUACAGGCCUAUAGGCUGCCGACCAGUGAGCUAUUUAUCUAGAAACUUUCGGUCUCUGAAUUAUAUACAUAGUACCUUUCCACCUUUGAGGUACUUAUGCAGUGGUAUCAGGCCUCUGAAUUGUUACUGA